CCGGAAGGGUCAGGGGUCAGUGGGUGGUGACGAGCCGCUGCUGGUGGCGGUGUUCGCGGGUCCCGGGUCUAUGGCGCCACCGCAGCGAUGCCCUCUGUGUCGGCAAACUUUCUUCUGUGGUCGCGGGCACGUCUACAGCCACAAGCACCAGCGGCAGUUGAAGGGGGCUCUGGAGCGGUUUCUACCGCAGGUGGAGGCUGCUCGCAGGGCUGUCCGCGCCGCCCAGGUGGAGCGCUAUGUCCCCGAGCACGAUCGGUGCUGUUGGUGCCCGUGCUGUGGCUGCGAAGUGCGAAAACACCUGAGCCAUGGAAACCUGACAGUGCUACACGGGGGUCUGCUGGAACAUCUGGCCAGCCCAGAGCACAAAAAAGCCACCAACAAAUUCUGGUGGGAGAACAAGGCCAAUGCCCAGAUGAAAGAGAAGUUUCUGAUCUCCCCCCAGGAUUAUGCGCGGUUUAAGAAGUCUAUGGUGAAGGGCUUGGAUUCCUAUGAGGAAAAGGAGGAUGAGGUGAUUAAAGAGAUGGCAGCUCAGAUCCGUGAGGUAGAACAGAGUCGGCAGGAAGUGCUCCGCUCUGUCUUAGAGCCUCAGGCAGAGUCAGAUCCAGAAGAGGGUUCUUCGGCACCUGAAAACUGGAAAGCAACCAAUGGCCUGGCUCCCCUGUCUUUCAGCCAUGUAGCCUCCGGCUCACAGCAGGUACCACACUUGGCCUUGCAACCUGUUGCAGAGCUUGAUUGGAUGGAAACAGGACAGCGCCUAACAUUCAUUGGCCAUCAGGAUACACCUGGAGUUGGUAACAUUCACUCAGGUGCCACCCCUCCCUGGAUGAGGGAGGAGCAGCACAGCCCCGGAAGCCUCCCAAUUGGACCCUCCUAUGAAGAAUUCCUCAAAGAAAAGGAGAAACAAAAACUGAAGAAACUCCCUCCAGAUAGAGUUGGUGCCAACUUUGAUCAUAGUUCCAACACCAGUGCAGGUUGGCUGCCCUCUUUUGGCAGAGUCUGGAAUAAUGGACGCCGCUGGCAGUCCAGGCAUCAAUUCAAAACUGAAGCUGCAGCAAGAAGCAAGCGGCCACAUAAAGGGAAGAGCUAAAGGCUCCAAGGCUGAGUUUCUUCUGAUCUCACAGUCAACAAACCCAUUCCAGCUGUUAUUCCUAAGACCAAAUCCUCUCCACCUGGGAAACAGAGAGAUGCACCCAUUCAUUUGAUUCAAUAAAGUUUUAUUUUCCCAAAUGUACAGCUGAUUGAAUCUGGAAAGAAAAAAAAAACAAA